AUGCUGGUCAGGCCAUCUGUUCAGCGACCUUUGAUCUCAUCGCACAUCAGCAACAUACAACCUCAGAGUCACACAGUCACUGUCCAGCGGUCGCUCAGAAUGUUCGAAUCGAAAGAACCCUUUGUGGAGUCGAUGUCCUCAGCCCUCAAGCAUCAAGAAUCCCUUGUGUACUUUGGGUCACUAUCUCCUCAAUGUCCAUCGUGUACCGUCAAUCAUAGGGUGUUCAUGCUAACAAAGGCAAAGUCAAUAGGUUUUGUUGUCCCUGAUCAACUGAUCUCGGUCGCCGCAGAUGUCAUCUCAGAGCUACCCAAUCUCGAGCAAUGUCUAUCCGCGGAGCUCUGUUCCGCAAGCUCUCCUGAGCGUCGAACGCCGCCACCAACAUUCCAUGCGCACAUCAAAGCCUCGGAAGUCACCCUGCCGUCUACCUUUGCUCUCGCUUGCGACCGAGACGUACUUCCGCCGUGGCGGCCUGGUCGUGGAACGGGUGCCUUCCAAUCUAGCAAUAGCUCUGUCAUUGUUCCCAGAGCCCACGUACUACUAGAGGCAUACUUGAGACUCUAUGCCCUUGGCUCGGGAAAGCCAGUGGGCUCCUUCGCCAUGGCUAUGAUCGCCUACAUGGAAGAAUACGUCGAUGAUGACGGUUUACUUGACUCCAGUCAACUUCCAGAGCCAAUAAAGUCGUUCUACAAAGAACUUUGA